AUGCCUCGCAAAAAGCAAAAGAGCGGCCCCGCGCCACGCUCCAAUCGCCCCAGCGGUCCAGCCAAGCCUGGCCCUGCUCCAGCAUCGCAGGCUAAGAAUAGGGCUUCCAAGCCUGAUUCUGCUGGUGGUGGAGCUGGUAAAGAGGGCAGUCAGAAGAAGCAGUCGCUUCAGGCGAAUCAGAGGCCUAUUGUGCCGUUUUUGAGAGGGGAUCGCAUUUUGUUGGUUGGAGAGGGUGACUUCUCCUUUGCCCGUUCUCUGGCAAAACAAUACAAAUGCCGCAAACUAUGCGCAACAUGCUAUGACUCGAAAGAGACUCUCUUCGGCAAAUACCCACAAGCCGAGCAACAUAUCCAAGAGAUCCUAAUCUCUUCAAAACCAAAGGCCCAGUCUAAAUCCGAGAAUGCAGAAGAAGACAAGGCCUCUGAACCCAGUGCUCAAACCACAUCAUCAACGCAAAAACCAACUCCAAAGGUUCUCUUCUCCGUCGACGCCCGUAAGCUCGGCUCUCCAGCAGGUGGCGGCAAAGAAAUUCGCACGGGCUUCCCUCGCAAAGAACCCAAAAUUCCGGCCUGGAAGCUCCACCAGCAAGCUCAAGCGCAAGGGCAGUCUACUCCCGCUGCAUCACCACCUAGCGGACCAUGGGACGUGAUUUCUUUCAACUUCCCACAUGUAGGCGGUCUCUCUACGGAUGUCAAUCGACAAGUACGCGCAAACCAGGAACUACUGGUAGCCUUCUUCAAGGCUUGUGUACCCCUUCUUUCUACAGCGCCGGCACCUGUGGAUGAAGACGACGAGGAGUGGGAAGAAGAUUCCGACGAAGACUCUGAUUCCGAAGAGGAGGGCAACGAAGACGGCGAUAACGACGCCCAAACCUCAGGCAAAGCCACUCGCACCGGUCCCGGUCAAAUCCUCGUUUCGUUAUUCGAGGGUGAGCCGUAUACCCUGUGGAACAUCAAGGAUUUGGCCCGCCAUGCGGGACUACAGGUUGUUACGAGCUUCAAGUUCCCCUGGGCUGAGUACGAGGGGUAUUCGCAUGCGCGAACGCUGGGUGAAGUUGAAGGGAAGGAUGGUGGGAGAGGUGGAUGGCGUGGGGAGGAUAGGUUGGCUAGGAUGUAUGUUUUUGAGGUUAAGCGGGAGGAGCCGCGGGGGAAGAAGAAGAAGAGGGCCAGAGAGGGGGAUAGUGAUAGUGAGUAG